GUUAAACAAGCACAUAAAAAGAUGCUCAGCAUUAUUAGUCAGUAGAGAAAUGCAUACUAAAGCCAUAUGAGAUAUUAAAACCAUAAUGAGUUGCCACUACACAUACACCUAUUAGAAUAUCUAAAAUUAAAAACAAAAACAAUAUCAAGUGCUAGUCAGAUUGGUGAGCAACUGCAAUUCUCAUAUACAGGUAGUGGAAUGCAGAGUGCUUUGGAAAAGUUUUGCAGUUUCUUAUAAAGUUAUACAUAUAUGUAUUUUAUGACACAGCAAUUUUACCUCUGAAUAUUUGCCCAAAUAAAAUGAAAACUAUAUUCACACCAAAACUCAUGCAGAUGUUCAUAGUGGCUUUAUUCAUAGUGAUAAAAAACGAAAACAACUCAGAUAUUGUUCAACUGGGAAAUGGAUAAACAUUUAAACAUUCCCACUCCGGAAUCUCACAUAAAUAAAAUCAUAUAGUAUGUAGCCUUCUGAGUGUGGGAGUAGACUUUUGGGUUGUAGGUGUCGAUAGGGCAUCCAGGUUCCUUGGAGUGCUCCAUAGAGAGUUUCUGAGUUGGAGGUCAUGUCCAUAGUAGGGGAAGUUAGCCUUGAGAUAGGAGGAAAGAUGAGGGGCACAGGUAGGAUAAGGAAUGUUAGGUAGAGAAGAGCAAAGUGUUAGGAAAGUUUUUGACAUUACCUUGAAUUAGAUUAUAUAGAAAUUAGUCUCAUCUGUUAAAAGUAAGGGAAAGGUUGAGAGCUGAAGUGUGUAGAACCAGGUUAGUACAGCUGGUGUAUUGAAGACUGAAAGGGGUUAAAUGAGCAGCCCUGAAGGCCAGCUGAGAUUAAACACAAAAUUUCAACUAGACUCAGUCUACAUGGUUUCCUGACUUUGCUUAGCCAUGUUCCACAUCCCCAAACAUGGUGAUGAAAGCAGAAGGAAGGGUUUUUCUAUGGAUGGGUUUAGCAUGACUGGCAUGGCAGAAAGUUAAGGAAGUAAGAAGUUAUUUCUGGAACAGUGGGGAGGAUCAUUUAAUUGGCCAAGCCAUGAAGUCCAUGUCAUGCUAAGGAACUUGUUAAGAUACCAUAGUAAGUUACAGUGACUUUUGACUUGCCUUAACACUAUCAUAUUUUCUUCAUAAAGAAGUACCCUUAGAAAGAGGCCAUCAGAAGAGUCUUCUCUUAAGAAGAUAAAGAAGGUAGUGGAAACGAACUUCCUGAGCUUUUCAGGCUCUAAUGGCUGAAGAAUCAAGAAAGCCUUCAGCCCCAUCCCCACCAGACCAGACUCCUGAAGAGGAUCUUGUAAUCGUCAAGGUCUCAGCUCGCAUACAUGGACGUAGGGUACUCUGGGAGGAGGUAGUACAUUCAGCAUCUGCACCAGAGCCUCCAAAUACUCAGCUCCAAUCUGAGGCAACCCUACAUAAAUCUCCAGUGCCCCAAGAGUCACAAGAGAUAGCCAUGUCUACUUCCCAGAGUCCUACUCGUUCCCAGAAAGGAAGUUCUGGAGACCAGGAAAUGACAGCUACACUUCUCACAGCAGGGUUCCAGACUUUGGAGAAGAUUGAAGACAUGGCUGUGUCCCUUAUUCGAGAGGAGUGGCUUCUUGAUCCAUCACAGAAGGAUCUGAAUAGAGAUAACAGGCCAGAAAAUUUCAGAAACGUGUUCUCCCUGGGUGGUGAGACCAGGAAUGAGAACAGGGAAUUAGCUUCAAAACAGGUAAUAUCUACUGGAAUCCAACCACGUGGAGAGACAGCUGCCAAAUGCAACGGGGAUGUUAUUGGGGGUCUUGAGCAUGGAGAAGCCCAAGACCUUCUAGGCAGAUUAGAGAGGCAGCGGGGAAAUCCCACACAAGAGAGACGACAUAAAUGUGAUGAAUGUGGGAAAAGCUUUGCUCAGAGCUCAGGCCUUGUUCGCCACUGGAGAAUCCACACUGGGGAGAAACCCUAUCAGUGUAAUGUGUGUGGUAAAGCCUUCAGUUACAGGUCGGCCCUUCUUUCACAUCAGGAUAUCCACAACAAAGUAAAACGCUAUCACUGUAAGGAGUGUGGCAAAGCCUUCAGUCAGAACACAGGCCUGAUUCUGCACCAGAGAAUCCACACUGGGGAGAAGCCAUAUCAGUGCAAUCAGUGUGGGAAGGCUUUCAGUCAGAGUGCGGGCCUUAUUCUGCACCAGAGAAUCCACAGUGGGGAGAGACCCUAUGAAUGUAAUGAGUGUGGGAAAGCUUUCAGUCAUAGCUCACACCUCAUUGGACAUCAGAGAAUCCACACUGGGGAGAAGCCCUAUGAGUGUGAUGAGUGUGGGAAAACCUUCAGGCGGAGCUCACAUCUUAUUGGUCAUCAGAGGAGCCACACUGGGGAGAAACCCUACAAAUGCAAUGAGUGUGGGAGGGCCUUCAGUCAGAAGUCAGGCCUUAUUGAACAUCAGAGAAUCCACACUGGAGAAAGACCCUAUAAAUGUAAAGAAUGUGGGAAAGCUUUCAAUGGGAACACUGGUCUCAUUCAACACCUGAGAAUUCACACAGGGGAGAAGCCCUACCAAUGUAAUGAGUGUGGGAAAGCCUUUAUUCAGAGGUCGAGUCUUAUUCGACAUCAGAGAAUCCACAGUGGUGAAAAAUCUGAAUCCAUAGGCAUUUAGGAACAACUUCAGUUACAGUUUGAGCAUCAUUCAGCAUUAGAGAAACCACACACUGGUGAGAGGUCUUUCAGUAUACUAAAAGGCAGAAGGUCAUCACAAUUUUAGUGUCAGAAUCUAUAGUGGUGGCAAAGUUAGGAUAGCUCUUUAGUAAUUUGGGCCCAGUGCCUUGGUGAAGGUUGAUUAGCUUGACUGUCUUUCAAAGUAUCUGAUGGAGCUCCUGAUGACCUAAUGUAUCCUUUAGAAAUUUAAAAUAGCAUUAGAGCAAGUUGCUUGUCAUGGCCUGAGGAGCUUAACUUUGUCUUUUGGGUGAAUAGCUAUAGGUUUGAGAGAGGCUGGCUACUCCUAGUUCCUGUGCUUCUUCCCAUCUCCUGUGAUCCCCACUCUCCCAUUUAUUCCCUUGAAGGUGCCCUUGUAUUCCUAAUCUGAUCUAAGAAGCUGCUGUAGAGUCAGAAGUAGCUUCUGUGUGAAACUUACAUUUGUAUGUAGCUUUCUAGGAAAAUUUUACAGACACUUAACGUAUUUAUGCUUAAGUGUGCAUUUUUUAAUUCUAAUAUUCCUUCUAGUCAGUGGAAAUUUGUAUUCCCAUACAAACUCAGAAUGCUAUAUUUUUAACAGCACUCCAGCAUUUUUCUUCAUGUAUCACCUUCACUGACUCCAUUGAGUCAUUGAGCAUCUGUACAUAUCCUUCACCACCCCCAGUCCCAGUACCUGUGUCAGCAAAGAAAGUGGACACAUUAGUGACGGUUAUGGGAGUAAUACAGAGAAAGAGGUGAGUGGAGACUCAGCCCAGCUGCUCUUGAGCUUGGAUAGUUAUACAUUUUGGUGACUUCUGACUCUCCUUCCACCUCCCCACUGUACACUGUGGUCCAAAUAGUUUGCACUAUCCUAGUUAUGGCAUCAGGUAGGAGAAGGAGACAAAGAUGCUUUAGGAAGAUAAAAACCUUACAAAGAAUGUAUACUCAUCCUUUUUGGCCCAUUACAGUACUGCUUUCUCAGGUUCUUAUCAGCCUGUGCAAUCCCUGACUAGAUGGUCUGUCACUCCUAUCAUUACCUUGCACCCACCUCUUUAGAUGGCCUCAGCACCUCACUCGUUAUUCUCCAUCUGUUUCUUGCCAUUAGUUUAUAUGACUUUAAUAUCCACAGUGGUAAUCUAAUAGCUUACCUCACAGGUUUUCAUUCUUUUGAACUCUGGUGCACUCCAUCUGUAAUCGAUGUCUGUAAUCUACCAACAAAGAUGUAUAUUAAACUCAGUAUCACCAGGCACUAUAUUUCAUCUUUGAGGCUUUUGUUAUACCAAGGAAUACUAUAUAAAGUAAUGAGACUGGUUUAAAGUAACAUGCCAGACUUACGCAUCCAAUGUGGGUUGUCACUUGUUAUUCCCAAGUACUAUUAUUCCAUACUACUACUAUAUUCUUCCAAAUAUUUGGAACACUCUUAGAAUUCCCAUUUAAUAAACCAUAUGAGAAAACCCUCUAUUACUCUUACACUUUAGUUUUACCAUUUGAGUAGCCACUUAUUCACCAGAGUUGGAACUGAGUAAUUUUGGGCCUUCCAAAAUUAACCUUUAAACUUAAAAUUGAUUACAUGAAGCCUAUUCAGAAAAAAAAUUAUAUAGGUUCUGAUGAAAGCUUCAUAAUUUCACACUGUGACUAUCCUGAAAAGAAAUAACAAUCAUUUUAUGAUUGAUGGGUCAAAAAAAGCAAUCAAAGUCUUAUCUCAUAGAGGACCACCUUUUGGAUCAUAAAUUCUUUCCCUAUAACAUUCCUUCUCUGCCUCUCUAUGGCCCACUUUGACCACUAACAACAUCAGAAUUAUCUACUUCAAUUUCACUGAGCCAUUGGUGAAUGAAGACACCCAUCACUUGUCAUAUUGGUUUCCAACAGUCCUUUUCAUUAUCCUUUAUUUUCUUAUCCUCCCUUCUCUUGUUUCUUUUUUUUUUGAUUUAUAAGUUACCAUUCCUAGUUCCUUUGUACUUGAAAUUUUAAGAAACCAGAAACAAGUAAAUCUGGUUGUAUCUAGAUCUUCGCUCUCUGUUUCAGUUGUGCCUUAACCUCUGUAAGAUACUGAUUGUUCCUGGGGCCAGUACUACCUUGUAUGCAAAUACUACAUAUGAUGGGUGCAUUGUCAGAGGGAAAAUACAUGUGUGUACACAUGUGUAUAUAUACACACACACACACCUGCCGUACACUUUAGAAGAACGCUUCUCUUCUAUUCCAAUAAAAAGCCCUUUUAGCAAUGCAACAUAUUAACAAGAUUGGGUGCAUUCAGGGUGGUAUGGCCAUAGACCAGAGCAACACAUUGAAAUGUGUACAGAUGUACUAGCUAAAGUCUCUUUAUGUGUCAGUAUUCAGAGUAAUAUGUAGCCCGAUUACUUAAAUCUCAGAAUUACUAAGCAUGUGGCAUAAAUUUGGAGCAAAUAAUAUGACUAAAAAAAUUAGUGUUAUAUUGGGUGUGAGAAAAGACUGUGUCUUGAAAGAAUUAUCAAAGCUGAUACAGCACAUAUAUAGAAUUAGCCAAAUGGUAUAAGACAAUAGAAAAAGGCUGUGGAUUCUUUGAGGACAUCACUAGAAAUCAUUCUUUGUCUCAAGUUCACACUCUUAGCAUAGAAUAUUAUUGACUAGGCUGUAUGACAUUUUGAGCUCUUAACUGUGAAUGGCAUUCAUUAAGCUCCUUUAUCCUAUAGAUUCUAUCUUUAUGUUCAUCUGAAAUGAACUGUUCAUCAGUACUUUCUCCUCCCAUCCUAAGCUUCUCAGUUUAGGAACUGACAUGAUAAGGUGGUUCUUUCAUAACUCUAAUGCCAUCCAACAUAGCCCUGGGAGAGGCGUGUUAGGUUUCAGAGAUGUUCUCCAUGGAGCAAGGUGCAGUGCUAGAAUAUGGUGGUUGAUUCCCAAACAGAGCAGUUAACUUUACUCUUGGUUCUGAGUCUCCAAAUAAUAAUAGCCUACAUUUAUUGAGCACUUACUGUGUGCCCAACCCUGUUAUGCCUUUCUCAGGCUCAUGAUAAAUGUAUUAGUCUGUUCUCAUGCUGCUAUUAAAGACAUACCUGACAUUGGGUAAUUUAUAAAGGAAAGAGGUUUAAUGGACUCACAGUUCCACAUGGCUGGGGACGCCUCACAAUCAUGGUGGAAGGCAAGGAGGAACAAAUCAUGUCUUAUACAUGGAUGGCAGCAGGCAAAGAGAGAACUUGUGCAGGGGAACUCUUUAUAAAACCGUCCGAUCUUGUGAGACUUAUUCACUAUCACAAGAACAGCACAGGAAAGUUCUGCCCCCGUAAUUCAAUUACCUCCCACUUGGUCCCACCCACGACACGUGGGAAUUGUGGGAGCUACAAUUCAAGAUGAGAUUUGGAUGGGACACAGCCAAACCAUAUCAAUAGAUAUUAUUUAUCCCCCAUUUUAUAGAUGAGGAAAUGGAGGCUUAGUUGAGUGAGCUGACCAAUAUCACCCAGCCAGUAUGUGAUAAAACUGAUUCUGACCCACACAGUUUGAUUCUAGAGCCUGUGCUCCUGACUACUGUGCUCUGCUGUGUAUAAUGAACGUGGUAAUUCUAGCCAGCUUUUUAAAAAUAUGUAGUGCUUGUCAUGAGAGGUACUGGGGAAAAGAAUAUGCACUAGAGUGCAAAUACAUUACAAUUACUGGAAAAUGGGUGGAAAAUGCCCUUUGGGGUUAUAAUUAUAUCAUUUUUAAGUGUUGAUGCUUUGUAGUACUACAAAGCUAAAUUGUGCAAAUAAAACAUAUUUAACACAGUAACUGGGAGGAUAAAGCAAUAAUAAAUUCAAAUAUAUUUUUCUCUAAACUGCCAAAGGGAAAGUAGAAUUGUGGAGGGAAAUGAAAUAUCCAUGUACCAGGCCAGGCAGAUGGUCAGUUAGGAUGACAAUAGUAAGUUCAUCUACAGCAUAAAAUGUGAAAUGCUUUCAACCUCAUUGUCCAUUUCCAACUACCAUUCUAUUUCUCCUCUAUUGUUCAUGGCUUUUCAAGCGUAUCUUCGAUUUUUCAACCCCCCUUUUUCAUUAAUCUGUUCUUAAAACUUCUUACUGGCUUUCAUACUUAGCAUUCCAGUGAAAUGUGCUUAGACUCACCAGUGGACAAAUAAUAAGGCCUUUUUUUAUUAUUAUUUCUUGUCCUUUUUGAUCUAAUUUGUAUUUUAUAUUGUUGAAUUCUCCCUCCUUUGGCUUGUGGGAUCCUUUUUCUCUAAUAUCUGGCUUUCUUUUUUUAGCUGAUCUUUCCACCCACUCCCCCUUCUCCUCUUCUCCACUGAGAAUAAUCUCCCUGCCUGUCUUUUAUUCACUUCAUUUUCUAUACUCCUAUUUAUCCAUUUUGAUUGUUUAUACCUACUAUUUGUAUUCGAAUGACUUCAUUUUUCCCACCCUGUGGGUCAGUUUGUGACUUUUGGAAUUUUCCACAGGUACCUGUACAACUCGAUAUUUGAAAACAGAAUUCAUCACCAUAUAUCCCCAGCCCCCAUUUUCUUUUUAAACAGGCCUCAUUGCCUAAUUCCUUUGCCCUGAAAAGUGUCACCACCUUUAUAUUUUUACCCCAGCCUUGGAGUUAUCUUUUUCUGCUCUCCAUUCUCCAUGUCCAAAAACUUGCUGUCAUUCCAGUUUUUAGUCAGUUUUCUCCUUGAGGCUUGAUCUCCCAUUUCUCUCAUCCCAUUAUAGCUUUUCAUGUAGAUCUGAGGCCCAGGUUACUGUAAUUCUUUUUUUUCCAAUUUCCUUGCUCCCAGGAUCCCCAUCCUGUAUAGUUUCCAAGGUGGUCCUCCUCAAACUCCAUUUUUACAAUAUCUGUAUUGUAAAAUUUUCAUUUUCACUAACACCCAGUAGAUAAUUUUUCCAAGGCGAUCCUCCUCAAACACCCAUUUUUACAAUAUCUCUAUUGUAAAAUUUCAUUUUCACUAAGUAACACCCAGUAGAUAAUUCCUAUGGAGCAGUGGUGUUCCAAAUUCUCCAUUACCUCUAUGCCUAAUAUUCAUCACCCUUCAUUACUCUCUAGCAUAUUCACCUUGAUUCAACAGAUUCAAACUUCCUACAGCCUUCUACUGAUGUCUUACAAGCUCUUGCCUCUGUGCCUUUCUCAUGCUAUUCUUUUUGCUUAGAUUGCUCUUUGGUCCCAGCUCAUGUUCAUCACUCCCUUCAAAGCCUAUCUUCCUUUAUAUCUUCUGAGUGAGCUCUCCCUGAUUGACAUCACCUCAUGCGAUGACCUCCCUCAUUCUGUGCUGCCUCAGCACUUAUCUUUUGAGUUUGUACUGUGGUCCAUGUACUUACUAAUAUGUUGCUUUGUAAUUAUUUUCUAGCACUCUGUGUUAUAGUUUCAUAUUUGUAUUUAUUUCCAAAAUUAAAUUGUAAGCUCCUUGAGGGCAGGAAUAAUAACUUUUACAUUUGUAUCUCUGCACCCCCGAGUGCCUAGUAUAGUGCUGAGCACAUAGUAGGCGUUUAAUAAAUGCUUGUUGAAGUAUUGUGUGGAUUA